CUUGGGAACGGGACACGGGGACAGACCCUCGGGUCCGGAUCCGGAUCCGGCAGCGAGGUGAUGCUGCCCUGGCGCCGCAGCAAGUUCGUGCUGGUGGAAAACGAACGUAAGUGCAAAGGGAAAAGCUUGGGGCCAGGGUUGGGCUAUGCCUCGUUGCUGGCCGGCUUCCUGCGCUCCUGCCCCGAUUUGUUGCCCGAAUGCCCCUUGGAGAGAUUGGGUUCUGUGUUUGGAGGCCGGCGGCAGAAAGUGGAGCUGAACAAGGAGGAUCCCACCUACACCGUGCGCUACCUGGGUAAUGCAGUCACUCUGCACGCCAAAGGAGAGGGAUGCACCGAGGAGGCGGUGGGGAAAAUAUGGGCCAAAAGCGACGCGGGCGCCGGUGGGGCCAAGAUGAAGCUGACCUUAGGGCCGCACGGCAUCCGCAUGGCACCGGGUGAGAAGGGUGCCAGGAGGUCGGGCCACGCGUACCUGCUGCACCGCAUCACCUAUUGCACAGCCGACCGCCGGCACCCGAAGGUUUUUGCGUGGGUUUACCGGCACCAGGUGAAGAACAAAGCCGUGGUGCUGCGCUGUCACGCCGUCCUCGUCCCCAAAGCCGCCACGGCGCGCGCCAUGGCCCUGCUCCUCUUCCAGACCUCCGCUUCAGCCUUUGAUGAAUUCAAGAGGCUCAAAAGGCAGAACGACGGCCGUCGCCUCCAGCAGCAGCUCCUGGGUGAAGCCAUCGUCCCCUUGGUGCCCCUGCGCAGGCUGCUCAAUGCCAAGUGUCCCUACCGCCCGCCGGCCGAGCGCGCCCGCUGCGCCCCACGGCUCAGCUCCAUCCUGGAGGAGGACGAGGAGGAGACGGGGGGCACGUGGGGGGACGGGGGGCCCACCGUGGUCUCUUUGGCCAGUGAGAUGCGGGGGUGCAGCUUGCGUGGCCCAAGGGCCCCCGUAUGCUGAGCAUCCCCAUUGGCGUCCACUGCUUUGGCCACACCGGGUGCCCUCGGGACACAGCUGGACAAUAGGGCUACGUCCCUAGCUCUGAAGGGGGGGACACCUGGAUCCCCCCAUCCCUCUCCUGGAAAUAAACCCAAUCUGUGUUUUCUGCC